UUACGUUGGAAGAUCGUUUCGCUUGGCUUCGCCUCGUCUUUGUCUGGCCCUCCUUUUUUUCUCUUCUCAUCUACUCUUCUCCAUCGAUCGAUAUAAGUAGGGUAAGGAUAUGAUGAAGAGCCGUCCGUAGCCAAGCAUCGGAUACCCCUCCACCACUGUAAUUGUUUAUCAUGGCCUCCGACGUCGUCGCGCUCUACGGCGCCACCAACGGCGACGGCACCGCCGCCGCGCUCCAGGAGUACAAGUCCGCCACCUUCUCUGUCAAGGUCGGCCUCGCCCAGAUGCUACGCGGCGGUGUCAUCAUGGACGUCGUCACCCCCGAACAGGCGCGCGUUGCCGAGGAGGCCGGCGCCUGCGCUGUCAUGGCGCUCGAGCGCGUCCCCGCAGACAUCCGCGCCCAGGGCGGCGGCGUCGCCCGCAUGUCCGACCCGGGCCUCAUCCGCGACAUCAAGCGCGCCGUCACCAUCCCCGUCAUGGCCAAGGCGCGCAUCGGCCACUUCGUCGAAGCCCAGAUCCUGGAGGCCAUCGGCGUCGACUACGUGGACGAGAGCGAGGUGCUCACCCUCGCCGACGACGCCCACCACAUCAACAAGAACAACUUCCGCGUCCACUUUGUCUGUGGCUGCCGCGACCUCGCCGAGGCGCUCCGCCGCAUCCGCGAGGGCGCUGCCAUGAUCCGCACCAAGGGCGAGGCCGGCACCUGCAACGUCGUCGAGGCCGUUCGGCACGUGCGGUCCGUCAUGGGCGACCUCCGGGCGCUCUGCAACAUGGACGAUGACGAGGUCUUCUCCUACGCCAAGCGCAUCGCCGCGCCCUAUGACCUCGUCAUGCAGACCAAGCAGCUGGGCCGGCUCCCCGUCGUGCAGUUCGCGGCAGGCGGGGUGGCCACCCCCGCCGAUGCGGCCCUCAUGAUGCAGCUCGGAUGCGACGGUGUGUUCGUCGGCUCCGGCAUACUCAAGAGCGGUGACCCUGCGAGGCGCGCUCGCGCCAUCGUGCAGGCCGUCACCCACUACAACGACCCCAAGAUACUGGCGGAGGUCAGCAGCGGGCUCGGCGAGGCCAUGGUUGGCAUCAACCUCUCCGACCCCAAGGUGGAGCGCUUCGCCGCCCGCUCCGACUAGUAGCCCGCCCAAGAAUUCUUCAUUACAUUACAUAUAUUAUAUAGUAUAGCAUCAAACGGACGUGGGGAAACUGUCUUAAGCACGACAUCCACCCGUGUAUUUGCAUAUCAUCUAAAUAGUCGUAAAAAUAUAAAAAAAAUUGACAAGAUAGAUUAAUAUGAGUUAUAUCACUCCACAAACAUACAAGUUUAAAUUCAACUUCUACACAUUGUAUAAAAAACAAAAAAUAAACUGAAACUUGUAUAUUUUUGUUACCGCCCUUAGAAAUUAAAUUUAAACUUGCAUGUUUGUGUAAUGAUAUA